GAUUUCUCUCUCAUAGCAAUUAAACCUCUCUUCCUACUAUUAAAUGCAAUUGCACCCUCUCAAUACGCUCUGCAAUUACUCCUCCCUGUCACAAUUUUCUCCAUCUGCUUCCCCCCUUUUCUCCACUACUCUCCUUUUGCUUUCCCUUCUCUCUCUCUCUCCUUCUCUCCCUCCCUUUUGAUCCUCCAUCUUCUUCUUCUUCUUCUUCUUCUUGGUUUUUCUUUUUGUACACCACUUAGAAAACCCAUUUCUGUUUGAACUUCCUUAAAAAAGGCUCUUAUUAAGUGGCCUAAAAAAACCAUUUUGUUUCGACCCAAACCGGAACCAAAUUCUUUAGCCCAAAACAGAUCUGGGGAUGAAAAAUCAUGGGAUUUAGUGAUAGGGUUGCAGAGAUAAAAGGAAACGUUUGGGGUUUGUGUGUAUGAGAGAGAUAUAGAAAGUGUAAAGACAGUUGGAUACUCCGAGAUAUUCGUGGGCGUUAUAUAUUCUUUUUUUUUUUUUUUUUUUAAAUUUCUUUUUGGGUUUUUAGUCUGAUUUUGGGACUUGCCAAAAAGCCGUAUCCAAAUUGUCAACCCUAACUUUCUUUUGUAUAAUAUUCUCUCUGUUUCACGUAAGAAACUGAUAGGAUUAAGUUAUAUAUUCUUUUCAAAGACAAAAAGAAAAAACCAAAUUGUCAGCUCAGUUCCCGUUUUUAUUUGAAAAGGAAAAAAAAAAAAAAAAAAAUCCUAUUUGCUCUCGCUUAGCCCACUGCUUGAGACUCUAGACCAACUUAAGUGAGAGUUUGAGAGCGGAACAUAAAUAGUUUUUAAGGUAUCUGGGUUUUAUAAAUAUGCCGGCCGGGAUUAUGAUUCCGGCGAGAAACAUGCCGUCGAUGGUCGGAAGGAAUGGAAAUGUUGGUGGUUUUGGGUCAUCUUCAGGACUUACUCUUGGUCAGAUUGAAAAACCAUAAGCCACUCUUCGAGAAUCUUAAAAGAUCUGUAGAUAUGUUCCAGCCAAACAUGAUGGAAGGCCAUCUCCACCCACUGGACAUGACACAGAACACAUCGGAAAGCGAUAUAGCCCGAAUCGGAGCCCGGGAUGACGAUUUCGACAGCGCUACUAAAUCUGGCAGCGAAAACCACGAAGGCGCUUCCGGCGACGAUCAAGACCCUAGGCCAAAAAAGAAGAGGUAUCACCGUCACACUCAGCAUCAGAUCCAAGAAAUGGAAGCUUUCUUCAAGGAGUGUCCUCAUCCUGAUGACAAGCAAAGGAAAGAACUUAGCAGGGAAUUGGGGUUGGAGCCUCUGCAAGUUAAAUUUUGGUUCCAAAACAAGCGCACCCAAAUGAAGACACAGCAUGAACGACACGAAAACACACAACUGCGGACGGAGAACGAUAAGCUUCGUGCUGACAACAUGAGAUACAGAGAAGCCCUAAGCAAUGCUUCAUGCCCCAAUUGUGGAGGUCCAACGGCUAUAGGAGAGAUGUCGUUUGAUGAACAUCAUUUGAGACUCGAAAAUUCUCGGUUAAGAGAAGAGAUUGAUCGCAUUUCAGCAAUAGCUGCGAAAUACGUAGGAAAGCCGGUGGUGAACUAUCCUCUUCUAUCUCCACCUGUCCCUUCACGUCCAUUGGAACUCGGCGUCGGAAACUUUGGUGGCCACCAAGCUGGAAUGGGAGGGGAGAUGUAUGGAGCUGGAGAUCUUCUCCGUUCAAUCAACGCACCAAGUGAUGCUGAUAAACCAAUGAUUAUCGAGCUUGCGGUUGCAGCCAUGGAGGAACUAAUAAGGAUGGCACAGAUGGGUGAUCCUUUAUGGAUGACCAGCCUCGAUGGAACUACUUCAGUGUUAAAUGAAGACGAGUAUAUCAGGACAUUCCCUCGCGGAAUUGGACCCAAACCUACCGGUUUUAAAUGCGAAGCUUCGCGUGAGACUGCCGUUGUCAUCAUGAACCACAUUAACCUUGUCGAGAUUCUCAUGGAUGUGGGUCAAUGGUCGACCGUGUUUUCUGGGAUUGUUUCGAGAGCCAUGACUCUUGAAGUUCUAUCAACUGGAGUAGCUGGGAAUUACAAUGGAGCCUUACAAGUGAUGACGGCAGAAUUCCAAGUGCCUUCACCUCUGGUUCCAACUCGUGAGAGCUACUACGUGAGGUACUGUAAACAGCAUGCGGACGGGACUUGGGCAGUUGUUGAUGUUUCUUUGGACAAUUUGCGACCUAGUCCUGCUGUCAGGUGUCGGAGAAGGCCAUCUGGCUGUCUUAUCCAAGAAAUGCCAAAUGGAUAUUCCAAGGUUACAUGGGUUGAGCAUGUAGAGGUGGACGAUAGAGGCGUUCACGAUCUAUAUAAGCAGGUGGUUAACUGUGGCAAUGCAUUUGGUGCAAAACGAUGGGUUGCCACAUUAGACAGACAAUGUGAACGACUAGCAAGUGCCAUGGCUACAAACAUUCCUACUGGAGAUGUUGGUGUGAUAACAAAUCAAGAAGGAAGAAAGAGUAUGUUGAAAUUGGCAGAGAGAAUGGUGAUUAGUUUCUGUGCUGGAGUAAGUGCUUCGACGACUCAUACAUGGACAACAUUGUCAGGAACUGGGGCUGAGGAUGUGAGGGUGAUGACCCGAAAGAGCGUAGAUGAUCCCGGCAGGCCUCCCGGUAUAGUGUUAAGCGCUGCCACUUCAUUCUGGCUGCCGGUUCCACCCAAAAGAGUGUUUGAUUUUCUCCGAGAUGAAAACUCUCGAAGUGAGUGGGAUAUUCUAUCCAAUGGAGGAGCAGUUCAAGAAAUGGCGCAUAUUGCUAAUGGUCGUGAUACAGGAAACUGCGUCUCUCUACUUCGUGUAAAUAGUGCCAAUUCAAGCCAGAGCAACAUGCUGAUAUUACAAGAGAGUUGCACAGAUUCAACAGCUUCUUUUGUAAUUUAUGCUCCAGUUGAUAUUGUAGCCAUGAAUGUGGUACUCAAUGGUGGCGAUCCAGAUUAUGUGGCUCUUCUUCCCUCCGGAUUCGCUAUUCUCCCUGAUGGAACUUCUUCUCAUGGAGGAGGAGGAGGUAUUGGAGAAACUGGAUCUGGUGGGUCUCUCCUAACCGUUGCAUUCCAGAUUUUGGUUGAUUCGGUUCCGACAGCUAAACUUUCUCUGGGCUCGGUUGCUACUGUUAACCAACUCAUUGCUUGCACCGUCGAGAGGAUCAAAGCUUCUUUGUCAUGUGACAAUGCAUGAACCCAUGGGUAAGAAAUUGGCAGAAGAAGGAAAGAAAAUGAGAAGGAAAAAUGAGAUUGAAACAAAAAGGUUUUGAGGAAAAUGCAAAAAUGUGGAGAAGUCAAGAGCGCACCUUAGGUGAUCCUUUCUAAGAAUUUCACCAAAGUGUAGAAGGGCUAGGGGUUCGGGUAUUGACUUCCUCGAACAAAUUAAACUAAGAAAGGCAAAGAGCUUAAGACCUUAUUAAUAUAAAAUUAAAGGAUCGAUCUCCAUUAGCAUUUUCACCAUAAUUAACUUUAUUAGUUAGGCUACUUUUAGAUCGAGCUGUUCACAAGUUGGGGAUGAUCAAUGCUUUUAUUCUCCUCUCUUUUAUUUAAUUUAUGUUUCCUUCUUCCAA